GACACAACUUAUUAGACUUUUCUCUCUUCAGUAUGUUCUUUCCCAUGCAUAAUGCUUCAAUUGGGGACAUUACUUGAGAAUUUCGAUUUGAAUUGUACUAUAACGUGAUAUUAAUGUAGUCAUCAUGUCCGGAAUUUAAUUUUAGAAAGUUCUGUUUAUUCUGUAGACGUUUUUCUAGCCAGCUAGAGAACUGAAUAAUAAUUUAUUUAACGAGGGAAGUUUAGUUUUGAAACGUCUGUUAAGAGGGAAGUGUCAAAUCUUAAAAGGAACAAUAAGUCAUUUGGCUCAUAUUUUGUGGACAUCUCAAAAUGGGUUUCAGACACCAUGGAAACUUGUUCUUUGUUCUGUUCAUAUUCUGUAGUUAUGAGUUUGACAUUGCUAUUGCUGCAGACAACAUCACAUCAUCUCAAUCUAUGAAGGACCCAGAAACUCUAAGUUCCAAAGAUGGUAACUUCACGUUGGGAUUCUUCACCCCUCAAAACUCCACAAACCGCUACGUUGGAAUUUGGUGGAAGUCUGAAUCCACAGUCAUAUGGGUUGCUAACAGAAACCAAUCACUGAAUGACUCUUCUGGAGUUGUCACAAUUUCUGAAGAUGGCAAUCUUGUGGUGCUCAAUGGACAGAAACAACUUUGGACAACGAAUGUGUCCAACAUAACAUCCAACACAAGUUCCCAGUUUUCAGACUCUGGUAAGCUCGUUCUCACAGACUCCACAAGGGGAACCAUCUUAUGGGAUAGUUUUCAGCAACCUUCAAAUACAUUAUUGCCAGGUAUGAAACUUCUAAGCAAUAGAACAGGUAUGGAACUAAAACUUACAUCAUGGAGAAGCCCCUCUAAUCCCUCCAUUGGGAGCUUCUCUCUCGGUAUUGUUCAACGCAAAACUAUAGUUGAAGCCUUCAUUUGGAAUGAAACUCGACCAUACUGGCGCAGUGGUCCAUGGAAUGGUGGGGUCUUUACAGGGACAAGAAACAUGGCAGGUGCGUAUCUGAAUGGUUUUCAAGUUGUAGAUGAUGACGAAGGAGGUAAAGAGGUCUAUUAUAGUGUACCAAGUGCAACAGGAUUUGUAGUCUAUAUAUUGAAUUCGCAAGGCCAAUUUGAACAAACAUGGUGGGAUGAUGAGAAGAAAGAAAUGGAAGUUACGUGGAGUAGUGAACAAUCGGAUUGUGAUGUUUAUGGUAUAUGUGGGCCUAAUGCAAUCUGUAAUUCAGAAAAAUCACCGAUAUGCAGCUGUUUGGAAGGGUUUGAGGAAAGAAACAAAGAGGAAUGGAAUAGACAGAACUGGACUAGUGGAUGUGUUAGGAAGAGAGAUCUGAAGUGUGAAAGGGUCAAAGAACAAAACACAAGUACAGAUACAAAGGAAGAUGAAUUUUUGAAACUGCAAAUGGUUAAAGUUCCAGAUUUUGCACAAGGGUCAACUGUUACACAAGACAUAUGCAGAAGCCAGUGCUUGGAGAAUUGCUCUUGUAUGGCGUAUUCUCAUCAUGAUGGGAUUGGUUGUAUGUCUUGGACAGAGGAUCUACUGGACAUGCAACAAUUCUCAAGUGAAGGACUUGAUCUAUAUUUUCGUGUAGCCCAUUCUGAACUUGAUAAAGGGAGAAAAACAACAAUCAUCAUUAUAAUUACAGUGAUUAUAGGAACUGUCAUCCUUGUUGCCUGUGCAUAUGCCACGUGGAGGAUUUCCAAUCACCCAGUUAAAAUAUGGCUACCAAUUAAGUCAGCAAUGAAAAGGAGCAACAAAACUUCCCUACCUUUAAACAAGGGUGUACCGUCAGAAGAUCCGAGCCACAAAGUAAUUGAAGAACUGUCACUAGUUAAACUGCAGGAAAUGUUACUACUUGAUUUCGAAAGGCUUGCAACAGCCACUAACAACUUCCAUUUGUCCAACAAACUUGGGCAGGGUGGGUUUGGUCCGGUUUACAAGGGGAAAUUGCAAGAUGGACAAGAAAUAGCAAUUAAAAGACUUUCUAGAGCAUCUGGACAAGGUCUAGAAGAAUUCAUGAAUGAAGUAGUGGUGAUUUCCAAGCUUCAACACCGCAAUCUUGUAAGACUUUUUGGCUGCUGUGUUGAAGGUGAUGAAAAGAUGUUGAUAUAUGAAUACAUGCCAAACAAAAGUUUGGAUGUGUUUAUCUUUGAUCCAUCAAAAAGCAAACUCCUAGAUUGGAGGAAGCGUUGUAGCAUAAUAGAAGGAAUUGCUCGUGGAUUGCUUUAUCUUCAUAGAGAUUCCAGACUAAGAAUCAUACAUAGAGAUUUGAAGACAAGUAAUAUCUUAUUAGAUCAAGAGUUGAAUCCAAAAAUAUCAGACUUUGGUAUGGCUAGAAUUUUUGGAGGGAAUGAAGAUCAAGCCAACACUAACAGAAUUGUUGGAACCUAUGGCUAUAUGUCUCCUGAAUAUGCAAUGCAAGGACUAUUUUCAGAGAAAUCAGAUGUCUUUAGCUUUGGAGUUUUGGUACUAGAGAUAGUUAGUGGAAGAAAAAACACAAGCUUUUAUGAUGAUGAGCAUGCUCUUAGUCUCUUAGGAUUUGUCUGGAUACAAUGGAACGAAGGCAACAUAUUAUCUUUAAUAGAUCCAGGAAUGUAUGAUCCUAAUCAUCAUAAAGAUAUUUUAAGGUGCAUACACAUAGGACUACUAUGUGUACAAGAACAUGCUAUAGAGAGGCCCACUAUGUCUGCAGUAAUUUCUAUGCUUAACAGUGAGGUUGCCUUUCUUCCUCCUCCAAGUCAACCUGCAUUCAUCCAGAGGCAAACUAUGUUGAAUUCGGUAUCAUCUAAAGAGCGUUAUAGUUCUUCCUCGGUCAAUAGUGUUAGUAUUACAAAUGUUAGUGGUAGAUAGCAAAAUAAGAGCUUUAAGAAAGAUGGAUUAAUUAUGUGUAUCUUUAUCACUCAAUAUAAAUUGUACCGGUGAUUAUAAAUUAUAAGCUAGUGUGCAAAGCAAUUUUAACAUUUAGAAUUUUGCACACUAGAGUAAUCAAUUUUAGUAAUAUUAUUCAUUUGAGCCCAAAAGUAUUAUUCAUUUGAGCCCAAAAUAUUAUUAAGUGAUUCAAUUUGCAUUUCUAUCGAUCACCAUUUGUUUAUGAAUUUAUUGUCAAGUCCAAUACUUAAAUAUGCAGUUUUUGAGUGUAGGUCUAUUUAAUCUAGAUGUACCUAUAUUGGUGCAAAACUCUCUUUGGCAAGUGAAGGUAUAUCAUGGCCCACCAGAAAACCAUAGAAUAACGAGAUGGAGAGAAAUGGCCGUUUUGUACGGUGGUCAUCAUAAGGCAUCCAGCAAAGAUCAUCUCCGAUGAGUUGAUCCAGUGGCCUCUAAUGUACAACAACCGAUAAUUAUGUUCCAACUGUCUAUGACUCAAUUGUGCAUUUACCUC